UUAUUGAUAAGGAAUUUGUCAAAAAAAUUGAAUUGGCCUUACAGGGAGAAUUAGAGACUAACAAUUUAAGGCAGGAAGAAUUGACUGCUUAUUGUGAAAAUUGGAGAUCAUAUCACUUUUUUCAUAAGAAAAGCGAUAGCGGAAAAGCAGAGGGUGCGGAGAGAGGUAAAAAAGAAGGAAUCAAACCUUAUCAAGCCAUUAAGUACGCUCGAGAUUAUUUAAAUAUUAUUCAGUUAGCAGCAGCGAAUAAAAAAUUAACCGAGACUUCUUUGGAAGAUAUUGACAAACAAUUAUCCUCAGAGGAAAAUGGUCCUAAAUUAACUCCGGCAGAAUUGAAUGAACCCAACCGCACACAGAAUAUUUACGAUAAUUACGGAAAUUAUCGAGAAAUAAUUACCAAUCUAACUAUUGAUUUUUUAGCCGAAGAAAAAAAAACUAAAUCCCGAAAAUUAAAGGACAAAUUAGAUAAAUUUAUUGAAAGGGUCAAAGACAGAAUUACCGAU